AUGUUAAUUUACAACAGGCAAAAUAAUCUCAAUCUAUUUGGAUUUAGUGAUAUAAAUGAGAGCUCAGUUGGUGUAAAAAACAUUCAAUGGAAGGUGCCACAUAUCACGCUGUCGGGUGAAGCCAAACUCGCGAUGCUACGAUAUCUGGAGAAAAAGCAAACGAUUAGCGUCCCUUAUAGGUCGUGGGACUUGUAUGAGAUGCCCCAGUUACCUCUGAGCAUGAGACAUAUUUGGACCGUCAAAUCUACGACGCAGAUAAGCAAACCACGGUAUGUCUUCGUUGUUUUCCAAACUGUUAGACAGAUUGUGAGCGCUAAUUCGGCUGCGUAUGAUAAUUGUAAUAUUUCCGAUGUUAAGUUGUAUUUAAAUUCGGAGUACUAUCCAUAUGACAAUUACAAUUCGGACUUUAAUAGUGGCAAUUAUCAAGAGCUGUACCAUUCAUUUUUGCAAAUUCAAUCAUCAUACGGAUAA